AUGGCUGCAGAGGCGCCUUCUCUCACCUAUGACCAAAAAAGCAAAGCCAUUAGCAACAAGGAAAGCCCCGAGCUUCUUUCAAACUCGAGCCGCCUCGAUGAACUGGCUAUUACCAAUGAACUUGCUCAUUACCCCGAGGCUCCAUUGGAGCCUCCAAUAUUGAUCAUGGGCGAUUUCAACCUUAUGUUUGCCAGAGACCCUUGCUGCCACAUACACCAAGCCCUAGCCAUCCGAAUCAGAGCACCCGAGGCCGCGCGUGAGGCUCGCAUCGUCCCCUUGAAUGGCCAAGUCUACGAAGAAGACAUACUGGCCGACACGUUGACGAUCCUGGAUCGUUUCAGGCCGGACUCGGAGGAAUGGGCGGCCUUCUUCGAAACGGAGACUGCGAGGGAGCAAAAGAUCCCGUUCGCCCAAUAUACGUCUGAUGGCAGCACCAUGUCCUUCCGAGGAACCUGGGACCCUUCAGGGCCAGAUUUUCGGCGCCACAUGCCGUUUCUCUUCUGA